UGGGGAAAAGGAGGAGGAGGAGGAGGAGGAGGAGGAGGAGGAGAGAAGGAGCCGCAGCGGCUGAAGCCUCCCCGCGACGAGAAGCGGUGCCCGCUGCGGGACCGGCGCGCCUCUCCCCCGUCUCUCGCCGCUCUUCCUCCGGGGCAGCAUCCGCAGCAUGGGCCGGCGGCGGUGGCUGUGCGUGCAGCCCUGCUUCCUAUGGCUCGGCUGCCUGGCCCUCUGCGCGCAGGGAGCCGCCGGGCAACAAAAGCCGCCGCCGCGGGUCCGCCCUGCGGGAGGAGCGGGCGGCAGCUUCCCCGCCGCCGCGCACCGGGAGGAAGGGGCCGGCAGCGCCGGACGGGUCCGCCGGCGAGGACAGCAGGACGUGCUCCGCGGGCCAAAUGUGUGUGGCUCUAGAUUCCAUUCAUACUGUUGCCCUGGAUGGAAAACACUCCCUGGAGGAAAUCAGUGUAUUGUUCCAAUCUGUAGAAAUAGCUGUGGUGAUGGAUUUUGUUCCCGUCCUAACAUGUGUACUUGUGCAAGUGGACAAAUAUCACCUACUUGUGGACCAAAAUCUAUGCAGCAGUGCAGCAUCAGGUGCAUGAACGGCGGUACCUGCACUGACGACCGGUGCCAGUGCCAGAAGGGCUACAUCGGGGCCUACUGCGGGCAGCCUGUCUGUGAAAAAGGCUGCCAGAAUGGAGGACGGUGUAUUGGACCUAAUCGCUGUGCAUGUGUCUACGGAUUUACUGGCCCUCAGUGUGAAAGAGAUUACAGAACAGGCCCAUGUUUCACACAAGUUAACAACCAGAUGUGUCAGGGCCAGCUAACUGGAAUCGUUUGCACGAAAACUCUCUGUUGUGCAACCAUUGGGCGUGCAUGGGGUCACCCCUGUGAAAUGUGUCCUGCCCAGCCUCAGCCGUGUCGUCGUGGUUUCAUCCCUAAUAUUCGCACUGGAGCAUGUCAAGAUGUUGAUGAAUGUCAGGCUAUCCCUGGAGUGUGCCAAGGAGGAAACUGCAUUAAUACAAUAGGUUCCUAUGAGUGCAAGUGUCCUGCUGGUCACAGGCAGAACGAGGCAACUCAAAAAUGUGAUGAUACUGAUGAAUGCAGCAUCAUCCCAGGAAUCUGUGAAGGUGGUGAAUGUUCUAACACAGUGGGAAGUUAUUUCUGCAUCUGUCCCCGGGGAUAUGUCACAUCUAUGGAUGGCUCCCGCUGUAUAGAUCAGAGGGCAAGUACAUGUUUCUCCAGCUUAGUGAAUGGCCGCUGUGCACAGGAACUUCCUGGUAGGUUCACCAAAAUGCAGUGCUGCUGUGAAUCUGGCCGGUGCUGGGCUAUUGGAUCUGUUCCAGAGAUGUGUCCUGUUAGAGGAUCUGAUGAACACCACAGACUCUGUGUGGAUGGCACUUCUGCUGGAGGUGGUUCCAGGGGUGGUGGCACAGGAGGAAAUGGAUUCCUUCCCGGUGGCAAUAGCAAUGGCUAUGGCCCAGGAGGAGCAGGAUUCAUUCCCAUCCCUGGAAGCAAUGGUUUCUCCCCAAGCGUAGGCGGAGCAGGGGUAGGGACAGGUGGUCAGAGUCCCACUGGAAAUGGCCCAAUAAUUACAGGGUUAACAAUACUCAAUCAAACAAUAGACAUCUGUAAGCACCAUCCCAACCUUUGUUUAAAUGGACGUUGUAUACCAACCAUUUCCAGUUACCGAUGUGAGUGCAACAUGGGCUAUAAGCAGGAUGCAAAUGGGGAUUGUAUUGAUGUUGAUGAAUGCACAUCAAACCCAUGCUCUAAUGGAGACUGUGUCAACACACCUGGUUCCUAUUACUGCAAGUGCCACGCAGGUUUCCAGAGGACUCCUACCAAGCAAGCUUGCAUUGAUAUAGAUGAGUGCAUCCAGAAUGGUGUUCUUUGUAAAAAUGGCCGGUGUGUAAACACUGAUGGAAGUUUCCAGUGUAUUUGCAAUGCUGGGUUUGAACUGACUACAGAUGGAAAAAACUGUGUGGACCAUGAUGAGUGUACCACUACAAACAUGUGUUUAAAUGGGAUGUGCAUAAAUGAGGAUGGGAGUUUUAAAUGCAUCUGCAAACCAGGAUUUGUUCUAGCUCCAAAUGGGCGUUACUGUACCGAUAUUGAUGAAUGUCAGACAUCAGGAAUAUGUAUGAAUGGUCAUUGCAUAAAUACUGAAGGAUCCUUUCGGUGUGAAUGUCCACCUGGCUUGGCUGUUGGGGUUGAUGGUCGCGUGUGUGUAGAUACUCACAUGCGUAGCACAUGCUAUGGAGGCAUCAAAAAGGGAGCAUGUGUUCGUCCUUUCCCUGGUGCUGUAACGAAGUCUGAAUGUUGCUGUGCCAAUCCUGACUAUGGUUUUGGAGAGCCAUGUCAUCCCUGCCCUGCUAAAAAUUCAGCUGAAUUCCAUGGCCUGUGUAGCAGUGGCAUAGGUAUUACUGUGGAUGGACGAGAUAUUAAUGAGUGCGCAUUGGAUCCUGACAUUUGCUCCAAUGGAAUUUGUGAAAACUUACGUGGCAGCUAUCGUUGUAACUGUAACAGUGGCUAUGAGCCUGAUCCUUCUGGAAGGAACUGUGUGGACAUUGAUGAAUGUUCAGUGAAUGGUCUGCUGUGUGAUAAUGGGCUCUGUCGAAACACCCCUGGAAGUUAUAGCUGCACUUGUCCAAAGGGUUAUGUGUUCAGCACCGAGACUGACACAUGUGAAGAUAUAAAUGAAUGUGAAAGCAGCCCGUGUGCCAAUGGUGCCUGCAGGAACAAUCUUGGUUCUUUCAAUUGUGAAUGUUCACCUGGCAGCAAACUUGACUCUACAGGACUGAUAUGCAUUGAUGUUGAUGAGUGUGCAGAAAAUAUUAAUCUGUGUGAAAAUGGACAGUGUUUGAAUGUCCCUGGUGCAUACCGUUGUGAGUGUGAGAUGGGAUUCACUCCCUCCUCGGACAGCAAGUCAUGCCAAGAUAUCGAUGAAUGCUCCUUCCAAAAUAUAUGUGUAUUUGGUACCUGCAAUAAUCUACCAGGAAUGUUUCAUUGCAUCUGUGAUGAUGGCUAUGAACUAGACAGAACCGGAGGAAACUGUACAGAUAUUGAUGAAUGUGCUGAUCCUAUUAACUGUGUUAAUGGUCUCUGCAUAAAUACUCCUGGGAGGUAUGAAUGUAAUUGCCCUCCAGAUUUCCAGCUGAAUCCUACUGGGGUGGGUUGUGUGGAUAAUCGUGUUGGCAAUUGCUACCUGAAGUAUGGACCACGAGGGGAUGGAAGCCUAUCCUGCAAUACUGAAAUUGGAGUUGGAGUCAGUCGUUCUUCAUGUUGCUGCUCUCUGGGAAAAGCUUGGGGAAACCCCUGUGAGACAUGUCCCCCUGUAAACAGCACGGAAUACAAUACUCUCUGUCCAGGAGGAGAAGGAUUCAGACCAAAUCCCAUCACUAUUAUUUUAGAAGACAUUGAUGAAUGUCAGGAGCUGCCAGGUCUCUGCCAAGGUGGAAAUUGCAUCAAUACUUUUGGCAGCUUCCAGUGUGAAUGUCCAAAAGGCUACUACCUCAGUGAAGAGACAAGAAUCUGUGAAGAUAUUGAUGAAUGUGUUGCACAUCCGGGUGUCUGUGGUCCUGGAACCUGCUACAAUACCCUGGGGAACUACACCUGCAUUUGCCCUCCUGAAUAUAUGCAGGUCAAUGGAGGACAUAACUGUAUGGACAUGAGGAAAAGCUUUUGCUACAGAAGCUAUAAUGGAACCUCCUGUGAGAAUGAACUGCCCUUCAAUGUGACAAAAAGGAUGUGUUGCUGCACAUACAAUGUUGGGAAAGCCUGGAAUAAACCUUGUGAACCAUGUCCAACUCCAGGAACGGCGGAAUUCAAAAACAUAUGCGGGAAUAUUCCUGGCUUUACUUUUGAUAUUCAUACUGGAAAAGCUGUUGACAUCGAUGAAUGUAAGGAGAUCCCAGGAAUCUGUGCAAAUGGUGUUUGCAUCAAUCAGAUUGGCAGCUUCCGCUGUGAGUGCCCCACUGGAUUCAGCUACAAUGAUCUGCUCUUGGUCUGUGAAGAUAUUGAUGAGUGCAGCAAUGGAGACAAUCUCUGUCAAAGAAACGCAGACUGUAUCAACAGUCCUGGUAGUUACCGCUGUGAAUGUGCUGCUGGUUUUAAACUUUCACCCAAUGGUGCUUGUGUUGAUCGCAAUGAAUGUCUGGAAAUUCCUAAUGUUUGCAGUCAUGGUUUAUGUGUGGACAUGCAAGGAAGUUACCAGUGCAUAUGUCACAAUGGUUUUAAGGCAUCUCAAGACCAGACUAUGUGCAUGGAUGUUGAUGAAUGUGAACGCCAUCCAUGUGGAAACGGAACAUGUAAAAACACAGUUGGAUCAUAUAACUGUCUGUGUUAUCCAGGAUUUGAAUUAACUCAUAAUAAUGAUUGUAUGGAUAUCGAUGAGUGCAGUUCCUUCUUUGGUCAGGUGUGCAGAAAUGGCCGGUGUUUCAAUGAAAUUGGUUCCUUCAAAUGUUUAUGUAAUGAAGGAUAUGAACUUACUCUAGAUGGCAAGAAUUGCAUUGAUACUAAUGAGUGUGUGGCACUACCUGGUUCAUGCUCCCCUGGUACCUGUCAAAAUUUGGAAGGAUCGUUCAGGUGCAUCUGUCCACCGGGAUAUGAAGUAAAGAGUGAAAGUUGUAUUGAUAUUAAUGAGUGCAAUGAGGACCCCAACAUCUGUCUCUUUGGCUCGUGUACAAAUACUCCAGGAAGUUUCCAGUGCAUUUGUCCUACAGGUUUUGUGCUGUCUGAUAAUGGAAGGAGAUGUUUUGAUACUCGCCAGAGCUUCUGUUUCACUAAUUUUGAGAAUGGGAAGUGCUCAGUGCCAAAGGCUUUCAACACCACAAAGGCAAAGUGUUGCUGCAGUAAAAUGCCAGGAGAAGGAUGGGGUGAUCCUUGUGAGCUCUGCCCAAAGGAAGAAGAAGUUGCUUUUCAGGACCUGUGUCCUUACGGUCAUGGGACUAUUCCUGGAAUUGAUGAUACACGUGAAGAUGUUAAUGAAUGCCUUGAAAGCCCAGGGAUAUGUUCGAAUGGACACUGCAUCAACACUGAUGGAUCCUUCCGCUGCGAGUGCCCAAUGGGAUACAACUUAGAUUUCACUGGAGUACACUGUAUUGAUACUGAUGAAUGUUCAAUUGGCAAUCCAUGUGGAAACGGUACAUGCACUAAUGUGAUCGGCAGUUUUGAAUGCAACUGUCAUGAUGGAUUUGAGCCAGGCCCAAUGAUGAAUUGUGAAGAUAUAAAUGAGUGUGCUCAGAAUCCUUUGCUCUGCGCUUUUCGUUGUAUCAAUACUUAUGGUUUCUAUGAAUGUACCUGUCCAGUCGGCUAUGAACUGAGAGAAGACCAAAAGAUGUGCAAAGAUUUAGAUGAAUGUGCUGAAGGUCUCCAUGACUGCGAAUCAAGAGGCAUGAUGUGCAAAAAUUUGAUUGGUACUUUCAUGUGCAUUUGUCCUCCUGGAAUGACCCGAAGACCUGAUGGAGAAGGCUGCACAGAUGAAAAUGAAUGCCGUACCAAGCCAGGUAUCUGUGAAAACGGUCGCUGCAUGAAUGUCAUUGGGAGCUACCGAUGUGAAUGUAAUGAAGGAUUCCUGUCAAGCCCAUCAGGCAUCGAGUGUCUUGAUAAUCGUCAAGGCUUUUGCUUUGCUGAAGUUCUACAGACUAUGUGUCAGAUGGCUUCAAGCAGCCGCAAUCUUGUCACUAAAUCUGAGUGCUGCUGUGAUGGAGGCCGGGGCUGGGGUAAUCAGUGUGAGCUCUGCCCUCUUCCUGGAACCACCCAAUAUAAGAAGCUCUGUCCACACGGUCCAGGAUAUACUACAGAUGGAAGAGAUAUUGAUGAAUGUAAGGUCAUGCCAAACCUAUGUAGAAAUGGACAAUGUAUCAACACUAUGGGCUCCUUCCGCUGCUUUUGCAAAGUUGGCUAUACGACUGACAUAAGCAGCACAUCCUGUGUUGAUCUUGAUGAGUGUUCCCAGUCUCCCAAACCAUGCAAUUUUAUCUGCAAGAACUCAGAAGGGAGCUAUCAGUGCUCAUGUCCUCGGGGCUACAUCCUUCAAGAAGAUGGAAAGACAUGUAAAGAUCUUGAUGAAUGUCAAACUAAACAACACAAUUGUCAGUUUCUCUGUGUCAACACCCUUGGAGGUUUCACAUGCAAAUGUCCAUCUGGUUUUACUCAACAUCACACAGCUUGUAUUGAUAACAAUGAAUGUGGUUCUCAGCCAUUGCUUUGUGGAUCAAAAGGAAUUUGCCAAAACACUCCUGGAAGUUUUACCUGUGAAUGUCAAAGGGGAUUUUCUCUGGAUUCUACUGGAUUAAACUGUGAAGAUGUGGAUGAAUGUGAUGGAAAUCAUAGGUGCCAGCACGGCUGUCAAAACAUCCUAGGUGGAUACAGAUGUGGAUGCCCACAAGGGUAUAUACAGCAUUACCAGUGGAAUCAAUGCGUUGAUGAAAAUGAAUGUUCCAAUCCUAACACAUGUGGCUCUGCUUCUUGCUACAACACACUUGGGAGUUACAAGUGUGCCUGCCCUUCUGGAUUUUCUUACGACCAAUUCUCCAGUGCAUGCCAUGAUGUGAAUGAGUGUUCUUCUACCAAGAACCCCUGCAAUUAUGGUUGUUCCAACACUGAAGGUGGUUAUCUUUGUGGCUGUCCACCAGGCUAUUACAGAGUUGGACAAGGUCACUGUGUCUCAGGGAUGGGAUUUAACAAAGGCCAGUACCUGCCACUGGAUGGAGAUGCUGAUGAAGAAAAUGCUUUAUCCCCUGAAGCAUGUUACGAGUGCAAAAUCAAUGGCUAUUCAAAAAAAGAGAACAGGAAAAAGAGAAGUAUUAAUGACACGAUAGAGCAGAUUAGCUUGGAAAGUCUGGACAUGGAUAGUCCUUUGAAGAUGAGAGUCAACAUUUCCAGGCUUGACAACAAGGAGCACAUCCUAGAACUCAUGCCAGCCAUUGAGCCUCUUACCAACCACGUGCGCUACAUCAUCUCACAUGGCAACGAUGAUGGCGUCUUUCAAAUCCAUCAGAGGGAUGGACUCAGUUAUUUGCACACAGCUAAGAAAAAGUCAGUGCCUGGAACGUACACACUGGAAAUCACUAGCAUUCCUCUAUAUAAGAAAAAGGAGUUAAAGAAACUGGAAGACAGCAAUGAGGACAACUACCUCCUAGGAGAGCUCGGGGAAGCUCUCAGAAUGAGGCUGUGGCUAGAACUCUACUAGCCAUCUUCCAUACUGAGUCCAGUUCUUCAGUCACUUCUGUUCACCUAUUUACCCACCUGAACAUAUCUGCUUUUCAAAGGCUUUGAAACAGUCACUGACUUUUGGGGGAGGAAGGGAGAAGGGAAGACUUCUUUCUCUCCAUCCUGCUGAGAUUGCAGAACCACCCUUGCAGGAGGGGUAACUUGUGGGAAUCAUGGUUACUGUAUCUUUUAUAUAACCUCAAUUUAAAAAUAUAUUAAAAAGCUAAAGUUCAAGAGAUCAUCAUAUGGCACUAAAUGGCACAAAAAAUGUGAGCUAUUUUUUUUUCCUGUUAGCAGUCUGUAACACUUUGGGUAUUUUGCUAUAGUUCCUAAUUAAAAAAAUAUAGAUGUUUAUUUAUUUUUAAUGCAGUAAUAUAUGGAGAGAAUAACAAAUUAUGUAAACAAAAAGGGAAACAUGCUUGUUUUUCUUUAGAUUUAUAAAUUUGAACUAUAACAUUUUAGAGGUACUUUUUUUUUAAAAAAAAAAAAAAAAAGAUUUGAAAGAUGUUUCCUUUUGUACUUGUGCCAGUCAUCUAGAUAGUAUAUAAGCAAUUUUUAAAUUUAUCAGAGCUGAAAGAGCACUGUGAUACAUCUUCUGGCUAUUCUAAAGUGCUCUAGUGAAACUUGAGUAUUCAAAAAAAUAAAAGUCUUGAAGGACAAGAAUUACAAUACUAGUCUCAGCAAAGAUCAUAUUUCACAGCAGGUCAAUAGGAUUGUAUUGUUCUCUGAAUCAACCACAUCAAAUAAGAGGCACAACCACUGUAGCAAAAUACCUUGACUGCUUUUAAUACCAUUAGAAUUGCAGAACCAAACUGUACUGUACUUCCUUUCAAUAACCUCAAGGAACCACACAUGCUACCACACCUCAUUCUCAAAAAGGGUGCUCUACAUACUUGCAUUACUGUAGGCAGCUGAAGAAAAUGUCACUCUGAAGGGGACACAUGAUGUUUCAUACUGUUUGGUGCUGGCUUGAAUUAAUGGUGCAUUUAGUAAAAAUUGAGAGCUAUAUCAGGACUGCCAUAUGUGCAAACUAAUUAUUCAGUGCAGACAAGGAAAAUGUGUAUUUGAAAUCCAUUUUUAGAAGUUUCAUUAAUACUGUAGUUAUACACCGUACGCCUCAUUUUAUCAUAGCUUAUUUUGUAAGAACGAUGUGUGUACAAUGAGUUGACAUUUAGUUUACUUUAGUAAUUUUUUUUAAUGUUGUACCAUUAUGUGUUAAGUGUAUGUCUCAAUGGUGCUUUUUUUGACAGCUGGUGCCUGUAACUAGUCAUGUAACAGAAUCUCAGAUGUGAAAAUAGCCAAAGCACACGCUGACUCCAGGAUUGUUUCAGUCGCCUAUCAGUGCUGACCAAAGAUUAGUAUCAAGUUAUACUCAGUGGUUUUUCUUUACUUUUGUUCUUAUGGGGAUUUUUGAAAAAAGAAACAUUGUACAUUUUUAUUAAAAUGUUUUUAAGAAAAAAAGUUUUGUUUGUAGGUCUGUAUAAGUAUGACAACACUUUUCUUGCAAUAAAGCUUAUUUUCGGGUA